UCAGGGGAGAUUUUGAUGUUGGUGAAUGGACAGAAAGCUUGGUGUGUGGCAAAGCCUGCAGCACCACAACAAGCACUGCAGUCAGCUCUGGACUAUGCCUGUAACUAUGCAGAUUGCAGCCCUACAAAGAAAGGAGGUUCUUGCUAUGACCCGGAUAGGCCAGCGCACCAUGCCUCAUUUGCCAUGAAUGCUUACUACCAGAAGAUGGGAAGAAACCAAUGGAACUGUCAUUUUAACAAUACCAGUCUCAUUUCCUUGGCAGAUCCAAGUUACAAUCCCUGCUGCCAAUUUGUGAGUGGAGGAUCAGGACCUCCACUGCCACAAGAAAAGGAGGAUACUUGGUGUGUGCCUAAGCCAGGAACCCCAGACUCUGCAUUACAGAACAUCAUAAACUUCACUUGUGGAAUAUUAAAAGAAUGCCGUGAAAUACAAGAACAUGGUUCAUGCUACUUUCCAAAUACCCUCAUAAACCAUGCCUCAUUUGCCAUGAAUCUUUACUAUAAGACUGAUGGACGCUACAAUUGUGAUUUCAAUGGCGUUGGCCUUAUAGUCGUCACUAAUCCAAGUUUUGGUGAUUGUAUCUAUGUCUGAGUAUGCCCAAUGGGAAAAUGGAAACUGUAAUUUGAUGAUGCAUCAGAA